GCGUGUCCAAAGUCCAAGCCUUUUUCCGCCUCUCGUCCCGACCAUAGUAUUGCACAAUGCCACUCAGCGUCAAAGGCUACACCGCUCAUAUCUGCUGCGAUGGAAAGGAACUUGAGCAGUACGAUGUGCAACAGGAAGACGAACGGACCGUGACAUGCUGGAUCCCCAGUGAAGCAGGAAAGGCAUUCUCGGUACACUGGGGUGAUCCGUCCAGCACAACGAUGCAAGUGAUCGUCUCUGUCGACGGCCGCGUCGUCCUGCGUAGAGGGCAAGAAGGGAAACGCACUGGAGUUUUCUCCAAGUUGACGGACCGCCCAGGACGAAUAAGGGCCGUCGAGUUCUCCCACCUGGUACUGACCGAUGAUGAAACCGUCGCGUCGGCUUCCUCUACGUCGCUGCAGAAGCUUGGGGUCAUUGAAGUUGAGAUGCGGAAAGUCAAGUCUUUCUGCGAAGGAGAGGACUACUACUCCGUAGGCGAAGUACUGGAGAUUGGCCCCGUUCACGAGAAGAGCAAGAAGGCUGGUGCACAUGCCGGUUCGUUAGUCCCUUUACCUUGCCUACGGCAAAUAUGUGCUCAAAGGCCAGUGGUCACGUGCAAGGCUAGGGAAGCCAACUGAAGCGGUGCUUGAACGGUCUGUCAAGUCCGUAGGUCUGGAGAGAGAUCCCUUUGCUGUGUUCAAGUUCAUGUACCGGUCAAUAGGUGCGUCGUAGGGGUCGAGAAUCUAACUUGAAUUCCCGACCCUCUGUACAGACAUUCUGCGCGCCAUUGGUAUCGCACCGCUCCCGCCGCAAACCAAGAAGAGGCUCUCACAGACUCAGGGUAAUGGUGCAGAUGAUGUUGACUCGGACCAAAGUAGAAGGAAGCGACCGCGCAUGGAUGAGGAAGAGGAAGAAGCUGAAGUGAAACCCGAACAAACCAACGAGGAGGACGAAGACCGUGUCACGUUUAUUGAGGAGCAAAUAACUAUGCUGCAAUAUCGGCUCGCUCAAGAGAAAGCCAAGAAGUCGAAAACGUUCGUGAAACGGGAGGUGUCACCCAUCCGUCUCCCGUCCGAUUGGAGCAACGAAGUCAUAGACCUUACAUGAGGCAUUCGUAUUGCACAAGACCCCCGAUUGCCUAUCCGCUUCCCCCGCGUUUUGCGUCGCGUUCCCUAGGCCUAUCCUUGCACCAGUCUUGUGCAUGCAUACACUAUACUACGCUAAUCGUUGUGUUUACCAUAAAGUCACCUUACUUACCUUCUGCUAUGAGUAUCGCCUUGUAUAUAC